AUAAAUGUCUUUUACCAUUCAUUAAAGAUGAGGGUAAAAGUGGUUAGUGUAAACAUGAAAAGUGGUACUUUAAAAAUGGUAUUUUUGGCAAUUUCCCUAAAUGCUAAUACAUAGAAUUAUGAUGCCGAUUUUAUGUUAGUAUCCAUUUUAAUAUUCUAUUAUUAUAAUUUGCCGACUCUAUGCUAUGAUUGUAUAUAUUCUCAUCAUACGUUUGAUGAGAAAUACACACAAAAUUUACAAAAUUUCAUCUUUAAAUAAUAUGAAACACUUCAAACGUUGUCUUUUGGAAAAAGAAACAUGUUUCUUAUUGGAGAUAUUGAGUUGGCUAAAUAUUGCUAUAAAAUUAGAGUAAAGGUGUUGAUACUUUAGAAUCAUGAAAAAAUCAAAAUUUGUUCCAACUGAAUUGGUGUUGGUUGAUAUCAUCGUAAAUAUUAAUUGAUUUCAUUAUUGAUUCACAUUAAUUAUACGAUUUGGUGUUAGUCAAUUAUUUUGAAAUUUUUUUUUUAGGGAACUAGGGACUCAUGUUUCUAUUGAUAAAUGUUCUUUUGGCGACUUGUCUUUUGAUAAUUUCCGAUCUAAGUUAUGUCAAGAAGAUUAUUUUAUUCUGCAUAAUUUCACUUCCGGUGAUUAGACCAUAAAAAUUUUAAGAUAAAUUUUUAUAGAACAACCAAAAUCAUACCUUGCGAUGAUUUUUCAAAAAAGUUAAAAAAUAAUUAUUUCAUGGAAUUUAAAGAAAUAUUGGGACGUCAAUAUGAAAAAGAAUGUUUAGUCGGUGAAUUUUCUAUAUCAUAUUUUGUUUUUAUUGAUGUAUUCAAUUUAUGAUAUGUUUGUUCACAAGUUUUUCUUUCUAAUGUUUUGUGCGUUUAGAUAUUAUUGGCGAAGUUGUGAAUGUUGAACCUUUAAAAUAUAUCAUUGCAACAGGAAAAUGUUUAACUAAGUUAGAAUUAAUUACUAUUCGUGACACAAUGUAAAAUUUAUUCAGAGUUUAAUUUAAUAUUGUUUUAUUUUUAUGACAUGACGCUUAUUUAAAUUUUUAAUAUUUAGUGAUAGAUGUUUAACAUGCACAUUCUUGGUAUGCAAACCAAGUAUCAUAUUUCUUUAAAUCAAUCCUGAAAAUUAUAGUGAUAUGUAUUAUUGAGUUUUAUUUAAGUUCUCUGCAUAGUUCUACAUGCCCAAGAACUGUACUACUAAAUUAAAGAUUUGUUCCUUCAUAUUAAGUACGCUUACACUUAAGCUAAAAAUUUUAAAACUAGACUCUUUAAUAUUAAAAAAAACUUUGGGAUUCAAUUUCCAGAUAAAAGAAUCAUAUAUAAACAAUAAGAAAAAUAUUUCCACAUAGUAAGCAAUUGAGAUUUGGUUAAUAAAGACCGAUAACACAAAAAAAAAUAUUUAUAUCUAAUUAAAUACAUUAGCAUAAAAUAAAUAUAAUAGUAAAAAAAUAUUAAGAAUAUAUAUUAGCUCGCACAAGCUAACGUUGGUCUCUUCUUACUUCCAAAGUAACAAACUCGAUCAUAUAACUAUAUGAAUCUCAAUUUAGUAAGUCAAGAAUUAUAUUUAAAGACCAUACUUUUUACUUUGUCUUGCUUUCGUUAUAUCUUCUACACCUGUAUGCAACCUUUUGCCUUUUGGUAUAGAUACCCUUCCUUUACAAACCCUUUUUCACUAAACUGUUAUUAGCACAAAUUAAUUAUCAUUAGGCGAACCAAUAUAUAUGUCACUUAAACCAAGUAACUCUUUUCUUUAUAUAUAUACAUACAUGUGGUUAAUAUUUCAGUUUCGUAGUCUAUGUGAAACACUCCAAGAAGAAGAGUAAGAAAAAAACAAUAUGGAUCAGAGCCAUUUAAACGCAAGUCAAUCAAGAUCUGUAGAUCGCAAAACUAUUGAGAAAAAUAGAAGGAUUCAGAUGAAAAACCUCUACUCAGAACUCAACUCUCUUCUUCCUCAAACUUCUAGGGAGUCUUUGGCACUGCCUGAUCAGCUAGAUGAAGCUGCAAACUACAUCAAGAAGCUACAAGUGAACGUGGAGAAAAAGAGAGAAAGGAAGAGGAAACUUCUUGCGACUACAGCUUUCGAGAAAUUGAAUUCCACUGGAUCUUCAUCGAUGUCUUCGAGUGUGGACCUCUCCAUGCCAAGAAGGUUACCUAGAAUCGAGAUUCAAGAAACCGGUCCGGUUCUUCACAUCUUUCUUGUGACAAGCGUGGAACACAAGUUUAUCUUCCAUGAGAUCACUCGUCUUAUCACUGAGGAAGCAGGAGCUGAGAUGACUCAUGCUGGAUACUCCAUUGUUGAUGAUGCCGUCUUCCACACUCUUCAAUGCAAGGUGGAAGAUUGUGAUUACGGAGCUGGGACUAGAAUUUCAGAGAGUCUGAAGAAACUUGUGAACACAGUCAACUAAUAUUCUCUUUAACAUGUACCCUUUCGUCCCUCUCCUUGCAGUUUUUUCUAUUUUUUUCCUUCUGUUUUACUUUUUGUUUGUUGAAUUUUAUCUUUUAUUAUGAAAGCAAUGUUUCGUUGUGAGCAUAAUAUGCCAUUUUAAAAUCUAUUGGGAUGAUGUAUUGGAAUUGAAAUUGAGACUUAACAGCAAAACAAAAAAUUUCUAA